AACACUUGUAUGCGGAAGAUACACGUUGGUGAACUCUUCGAAAUGGCUACCGGAGCUGAUCAAGUUGUUGGUAUGGGCCUUGUUGGCUUUAGUUUGCUGCUUUUUACCUACUACACAAUUUGGGUCAUUAUUUUGCCCUUUGUUGACGGUGACCACAUGAUCCACAAAUAUUUCCUUCCACGGGAGUAUUCUGUCAUUCUUCCUGGAGUAGCAGCGUUAAUUCUGGUCCUCUGUGUUGGAACCUUCAUAGCAGUGGUGACAUGGAGAAACCGCAAACCCAAAAAGGUGGAUUAAAGGACUGUCCUCCACAGCUCAUCAAACUCCCAUAAAAAGGGCAUCAACAUGCAGCAGACCCAGCACAGUGGACCACAAACACCGGAGAUCGCUAAUG